AUAAAAAAAUCUGCCUUACGAUUGUAUCUCUGUUGUAUUGAACUUGUUAGCCAUGACACAUUCAUCCGAGAAUUUGGCUUGUCAGACACAUUCAACUCAUGGUUCAGAGUCUUAGAACUGCAUUUAUGGAUGCUGAUGGUUCGAUUGUCAGAUGAGGGCAAAGAUGGUCUGGCUCUGAGGAAUUCCAUCAUCAAUUAUAUGUGGCAGGACAUCGACAAGAAGACUAAAAAAUUAGGAGUAUCUACAAUGACAGCCAGAAGGGAAGGGGUGAUGGAUAUUUCUGAACAGUUUAAGGCUGCACUUUUCAGCUAUGAUGAGGGUCUGCUUGGCGAUGACAAGCAGCUGGCUGGGGCUCUGUGGAGGAAUUUUUUCGACAAAAAUUGUAACAACGCUCAUGAUUUAGAGAGGAUGGUUGAAUAUGUCCGCAAACAGGUCUACCAUUUUGAUUGGAUGAUUUGA